AUGAGCGAUAUGUGGCGCACGAAUUUGAAAUCCACCAUUAUUGAUUAUUUGCCAUUGAAUAUUGAACAAUUCACUAGUCUUACAGGCUAUACAACAACACUAAGGUCUGAAAUGUAUAUCUCACCAAUUCAAAUGUAUCAUGUGUAUUUUGAAGAAGAGAUUAUGCUUGAUGAACCAAUUCAUUUGUUAUGUUGGAAUAAUAUGAGACAAGAUUCAGUGUUCACUGACAGUUUAAAUUCAAUCAAUGCAUUAAAUUAUCAUGCUGUUUGGUAUGUUUCAAAAGGUUCUGUAAAUGAAUUAAAGUGA